AUGACUACAUCUGUUGUAGUACCGGGAGCAGUAGAUGUGGCCCCCACAGUCUCGGAAUCUCGAGGAGAGGCCUCGGCCGCGUUGUAUCCCAUAGCGCUGCUUAUUGACGAGCUUCGUAGUGAGGAUGUCGAUCUUAGAGUCAACGCUAUGAAUCAGCUGGACCAUAUAGCGUGUGCAUUGGGGCCGGUUCGGACACGGGAAGAGCUGCUACCAUUCCUCACUGAAUUGGUAGUAGUAGAGGGCACAUGGGUUGUGUCCUUUGGGAAGGUACUUAAUGCUGAUUUCAUGCAGUGGCUAGGCGGGGCGCAGUACGGUCAGUGUUUGCUGAGACCGCUGGAGGAGCUCGCCAAUUCUGAUGAUGAGCCGAGACGCGAGGAGGCUGUGAAGAGCCUUAUAAGCAUCGCUAAG